AUGGCAGGCUCCUACAUGGUGCCGCUUGAAGUGGAAGAUAGUGCCUGCUCAGAUCCGCCAAUUCGAAGGGAAUGGAGAUCUCUGGGCGCUGCGGAGAAGCAAGCCUACAUUAGUGCUGUCAAAUGCCUUUCCGAUAAGCCGUCCAAAUUCGACAACAGCACUUCUCGGUUUGACGACUUUGCGCUGGCUCACAUAUCGGAAGGAUUGGAUAUACACUAUGCAGCGGCAUUUCUGCCGUGGCAUCGACACUUUAUCCACACAUUUGAAGAAGCUCUCAGAGCAGAAUGCCUCUACAGUGGCUCGCUUCCCUAUUGGGAUUGGUCAUUGGAUGCCGCAGAUCUUGCCCAAUCUCCUAUUUGGAGCACAUCCGGAUUCGGCUCCGACGGAACUUCGACUGGCGAGCGAGGAGUCGGAAACGGCCACUGUGUGACUGACGGGCCGUUUGCCAACUCGACUCGUAACUGGCAAGCAGAAGAAAUAGGAAGCCAAUUCAAGAUAUCGCGCAACCCGCACUGUCUCAGCCGGGGGUUUCAGACUGGUGAUGCAAAGAAGAAGCUUCAGGCGAGAGUAACACCGGAAAGUAUCAUAAGUAUACUGGAACAAGAUUCAUACGCCGAAUUCUUCAAGAAAUUAGAGGACCAUGCGCACAACGCGAUUCCGCAAUUUAUAAGAGGUGACUUUCUGUUGCAGACAGCACCAAAUGACCCUGUCUUCUACUUGCAUCAUGCCCAAGUAGACCGGUUAUGGUGGUUAUGGCAACGAAGGAAUAAUGGUUCUCGCAUGUGGCAGUACCACGGCCCCAUCUCUAAUGUAAGAUUGGACGAAACUAACCAGAAUAACUCGGCGAGCUUGGAAGAUGUUAUAUCUCUAGGCAAGUUUGGAAAGACAGUCGCCGUUGGAGAUGUAAUUAAUACACACGCGGUUAAUCUUUGUUAUAGUUAUUAA